CCGGGUGUUGCCUGCUCUGAAUCACGCGCAUUAUCGUCGCUGCAGCACCUUCGGCAUCCCGGAUACCAGUCGGUGAUCACCAGCAGCAUCGGGUUGAGAUGUCUCUUUUAGAUAUCUAGUAGCAACACACCGCUGGAAUCAAGACGGUCGAGAAAAGCUGAAACACACAACUCUGAAGACAUAUUUGUUAUCGUUCCACCCACGUCUCUCUACUGUUGCUUUUUUCCCCCCUUCACAUUUUAAAUGAAUCUUGUAAGAUUUAUGAAUAGCAGAGUUCCGUCCAAUAAGAGGUAUCAACCCACAGACUAUGAACAUGCUGCGAACUGUGCUACACACGCGCUGUGGGUAAUCCCUAGCCUAUUGGGCAGCUCUGUGCUGCACUUCCUGUCUGAGGACCAAUGGGAGCGUGUCUCAGCCUGGCUCUAUGGGGCGGGGCUUACCUCCCUCUUCCUCAUCUCUACUCUGUUCCACACGGUGACCUGGAAGAAAAGCCACCUACGGUCUGUGGAGCACUGUUUCCACAUGUGUGACAGAAUGGUGAUCUAUUUCUUCAUAGCAGCCUCCUACGCCCCCUGGUUGAACCUGCGGGAGCUGGGACCCUGGACCUGUCACAUGAGGUGGUUGGUCUGGGUGAUGGCCUCUGUCGGAACCACCUACGUCUUCUUCUUCCACGAGAGGUAUAAGUUGAUGGAACUGAUCUGUUAUACAGUGAUGGGAGUGUUCCCAGCCUUGGUCAUCCUGUCAAUGCCGGACCGCGAGGGGCUGUGGGAGUUGUUAGUGGGCGGUGCCUGUUACUGUCUGGGCAUGGUGUUCUUCAAGAGUGAUGGCCUCGUCCCGUUCGCCCAUGCCAUCUGGCACCUGUUUGUUGCCAUGGGAGCAGGCGUCCAUUACUACGCCAUCUACCGGUACCUCUACACGCCAGCAGCCAAUCAGAUGAAGACAUCCAGAUGACACACGGAGACCGGGGGCGAGGGGUGAUGAUGUCACAGGAAGUUGAAGGAAGGAGUGGACUUGUGAAGAAGUGAUGUCAAGAAAGGAGGGAUGGAGAGAUGAAAAUAGAACCAUAGCAACGUGGAGAGAUGAUAAUAGAACCAUAGCAACGUGGAGAGAUGAGAAUAGAACCAUAGCAACGUGGAGAGAUGAUAAUAGAACCAUAGCAACGUGGAGAGAUGAGAAUAGAACCAUAGCAACGUGGAGAGAUGAGAAUAGAACCAUAGCAACGUGGAGAGAUGAGAAUAGAACCAUAGCAACGUGGGGAGAUGUUAAUAGAACCAUAGCAAUGUGGA